CUGCUGCAGCUCUCACCAUCCUAAGAAAGGACGGAGACACUCGAUUCAUUCGAUCACUCGUGUGAACCUGAUCCCAGUGGCAGCUUGCAGAGCCCUAGCUAGCUCCUGGUGGUGGUAGCUAGCUAGUAGUCUUCAGCAAGAGAGCAGGAGGAAGAAGAUGGCCUCUGCUACCCUGCUCAAGUCCUCCUUCCUUCCCAAGAAGUCCGAAUGGGGCGCCACCAGGCAGGUCGCCGCGCCCAGGCCGGUCACCGUGUCCAUGGUGGUCGUCCGCGCCAGCGCCUACGCCGAUGAGCUCGUCAAGACCGCGAAAACGGUCGCGUCACCGGGGCGGGGCAUCCUGGCGAUGGACGAGUCGAACGCGACGUGCGGGAAGCGGCUGGCGUCCAUCGGGCUGGAGAACACGGAGGCGAACCGGCAGGCGUACCGGACGCUGCUGGUCACCGCGCCGGGGCUCGGCCAGUACAUCUCGGGGGCCAUCCUCUUCGAGGAGACGCUGUACCAGUCCGCCGUCGACGGCCGCAAGAUCGUCGACAUCCUGGCGGAGCAGGGCAUCGUGCCUGGGAUCAAGGUCGACAAGGGCCUCGUCCCGCUCGCCGGCUCCAACAACGAGUCGUGGUGCCAGGGCCUCGACGGCCUCGCCGCCCGCGAGGCCGCCUACUACCAGGCGGGGGCGCGCUUCGCCAAGUGGCGCACCGUCGUGAGCAUCCCCAACGGGCCCUCCGAGCUCGCCGUCAAGGAGGCCGCGUGGGGCCUCGCCCGCUACGCCGCCAUCUCGCAGGACAACGGGCUUGUGCCGAUCGUGGAGCCUGAGAUCCUUCUGGACGGCGAGCACGGCAUCGAGCGGACCUUCGAGGUUGCGCAGAAGGUGUGGGCCGAGACCUUCUACGCCAUGGCGGAGAACAACGUGAUGUUCGAGGGCAUCCUGCUGAAGCCGUCCAUGGUGACCCCCGGCGCCGAGUCCAAGGACAAGGCCACCCCCGAGCAGGUGGCCGAGUACACCCUGAAGCUCCUCCACCGCCGGAUCCCGCCGUCGGUGCCCGGCAUCAUGUUCCUGUCUGGCGGGCAGUCGGAGGUGGAGGCGACGCAGAACCUGAACGCCAUGAACCAGGGGCCCAACCCGUGGCACGUGUCCUUCUCCUACGCGCGGGCGCUGCAGAACACCUGCCUCAAGACGUGGGGCGGCGCGCCGGAGAACGUGAAGGCGGCGCAGGACGCGCUGCUGCUGCGCGCCAAGGCCAACUCCCUGGCGCAGCUCGGCAAGUACACCUCCGACGGCGAGACCGCCGAGGCCAAGGAGGGGAUGUUCGUCAAGAACUACAGCUACUAAAUAUUUAAAUAAGCGAUCGUCGGCUAUACUCCGACGACGACGAGAUAUAUAUACAACACUACUGAUUAAGCAAGAUAAGCACGUAUUCUCGCCAUCACGCCAUGAUCGAGAUGCUGCGCCACUACUUAGCUAUGUGUAUAUAUAUAUAUAUAUAUGCAUGGCUACCGGGGAGAGAUUGUAUUAAGAAGUUGAUCUUAAUCAAUUACCGUGUGCUCGUUUUCGUGUU